UCACGAAUAUCAUCGUUAAAACGUUUGGUGGUCAAUCGUUUUCCUAAACAAUAGAACAAACCGUACUCUUACGCCAUUGGACGUAUGACUCCGUGACAUUAGUUGGAGAAAUAUUAUUUACAAAGGACGCGAUUUGAAUCCUCCAGUAAGUUAUUGCUCCGGCCGUCACGUAUAUCUUAUCAUCAUCAACUCGUCUGCAAUUACUGUAAUUACGUCUGCCAUAAUGGAGUACCUACAAAUGUGUACUCCUUUUGAGAAGCAAUACCUUUUAGAGGAAGAUAUAUUGUAUAAAUCAAACAUGACGAUUUGUUCUCUCAGAAGUACAUUGGAUAUGGUAAAACCUGCUGAUCGUUAGAAUGGGAUUACAUGCCAGUAUGACAAUGGAUAAAAUGAGAAUAUACGAUCUUGUACAACAGGUAAUGGUUAAAAAAUUAUUAUCUAAUUUACAAUGGAUAUCAACAAUGGACAUUCAUCCAGAGCUAAUGAUAGGGCGCUAAUUGUGUCUUAUGGAAUGGUGUACAAUGAUCUGCUACAAAAUCCGUUAAUUGUGUCACUGAAAAGAUUGUGUAAUCAUGAGUCAUAUAAUGAUUUUGGCAUUUUGGACGUCACGUUUCAUCCUAUUGAACUGUGGGUAUUUUCCGCUGACGCAGACUUUAUUGUAUGAAUGUAGUAAUGUAUACAUAAAUAAGUACAUACAAAUGUUUAGAACAUCUACAGGUAUUGCCGUUGUAAGAAAAAAAUUAUUCUAUUACAUUUUGCCCCAAUUUGAUGUAAUAUAGGUACAUAAAAUACAUGUUAUCUAUUUUUUUA